AUGCCGGUGUCCGUUGCUCCGGAGGUGAGGGAGGAAGGAUAUGGCCGCGCUGGGCUCGCCGACGAGCCUCCACUACCUCCUGCUCCCCCCUCCUCGUCGCCGCCGCCGCGGCGGCCUGCGCCAACGCGGACGCAGGAGGCGCUGCUGGCGACGAAGGCGGCGCUCGCGGACCCGGCCGGCGCGCUGGCGUCCUGGAGAACAAAAAAUAUUUUUUCCUAUUCAAUGAUGAUAGAUGGAAUCAGCUUAUUUAUCCUAUUUGUCUGCUUCAUUGCUACUUCUGCUUUCGCUGAAUCUGAUAUAAACAAUCUAUAUGCUCUGAGGCACACAGUCGCUGAAUCAAAAGGCUUCCUUCAGGACUGGUUUAAUUCAGAAACACAUCCAUGCAACUGGACGGGUAUAACUUGUGAAGGACGGCGCACGGUUGUGGCCAUAGAACUGUCAUCUGUGCCACUCCGUGUCCCUUUUCCGUUAUGCAUCACGGCAUUCCGGUCACUUGGUCGCCUCGACCUAAGUAGGUGUGAUUUAUCUGGUAUGAUUCCAGAAGCCUUGGGAGAUUUGCAGAAUCUCCAGUACCUGGACUUGAGCAAUAACGAGCUUACUGGGCCCAUGCCUUUCUCGUUAUAUGAUUUGAAGAUGCUGAAGGAAAUAGUGCUAGACAGAAACAGAUUGUCUGGACAAUUGAGCCCUGCCAUUGCUCAUCUUCAGAACCUCACUAAGUUAUUGAUAUCCAAUAACAACAUCUAUGGAGAACUUCCUCUGGAGCUGGGUAGUCUGAAGAACCUAGAGGUCCUGGGCUUUCACCAGAACAGAUUCGAUGGAUCGAUACCAGAAUCUUUUGGCAACCUGACUCGGCUCUUCCACCUUGAUGCAAGCAAGAAUAAUCUCACUGGAUCAAUAUUUCCUGGAAUAAGUGCAUUGCAGAACAUGCAGACACUUGAUUUGUCUUCAAAUAGUUUGGUGGGGCCAAUACCUAAUGAGAUUACUCAUCUGAAAAUGCUUGAGCAUUUAUCUUUGGGGUUCAACAAUUUCACUGGAGGGAUUCCAAAAGAGAUUGGUAACAUGAAGCACCUAAAGGAACUCUCUCUGUGUGAAUGCAACUUAUCAGGCACCAUCCCUUGGUCACUUGGUAGUCUUAGAAGCUUAAUGGAACUUGAUAUAUCAGGCAAUUACUUCAAUUCUGAACUCCCAGGGUCUGUUGGUGAUCUGGGGAAUCUAACCGUCCUGAUUGCAAGGAAUGCAAGGCUCGUAGGGAGCAUACCCAAAGAACUUGGUAACUGCAAGAAGCUUACUCUUCUACGUCUGUCGUUUAAUGGCUUUACUGGCUGUAUUCCUGAAGAGCUUGCAGGCUUAGAAGGUAUUGCCCAUUUUGAAGCAGAAGAUAACAGACUGUCUGGUCCUAUUAGUGAUUGGCUUCAAAAAUGGGGAAAUGUUGUUUCUGUAAACCUGGCAAACAACAAGUUCAAUGGUUCUAUACGUCCCAUCAUUUGUCAAGCCAAGUUACUGCGGUCACUCGACCUGCAUUGUAACGAUCUCACGGGGAGUAUCAAGGAGGCAUUCAAGGGAUGCAAGAACCUGGUUCAACUGGAUUUGCAAGGUAACAAUUUCAAUGGUGGGAUACCCGAAUACCUGGCUGAGCUACCGCUCAAAAUAUUGGAGUUGUCUUACAACAGAUUUACAGGAGUGUUGCCUGGAAAGUUGUUUGAGUCAUCAACCAUUUUGGAAAUGAACCUGAAUAAUAAUAUGCUUACUGGCUAUAUCCCUGACAGCAUUGGUAAACUCCACAGCUUGCAGAGGUUGAAAAUGGGCACUAACUGCUUGGAAGGACCUAUCCCACAGGCAGUCGGUGCACUAGAGAAUUUGACAGAAAUAUCUCUUGAUGGGAAUAGACUAUCUGGGAGCAUCCCGCAAGAGCUCUUCAACUGCAGAAACCUAGUCAUGCUAAACCUGAGCUGUAAUAAUCUGACCGGACCCAUCCCGAGAUCCAUAUCGCAAUUGACUUCGCUCACUGGCUUGGUUUUGUCUCACAACCAGCUCUCUGGUUCUAUUCCUGCUGAGUUAUGUGGGGGAUUCACGAACCCAACUCAUCCUGACUCAGAGUAUGUUCAACAUCAUGGCUUACUUGAUCUGUCAUAUAACUGGUUGACUGGUCGUAUCCCACCAGCAAUCAAGAAUUGUGUUAUUCUGGAGGAGCUACACCUGCAAGGUAACUUGCUGAAUGGAUCUAUUCCUGCAGAGCUUGGUGAGCUGAAGAAUAUUAGAAUUGUUGAUCUCUCUUUUAAUGCAUUAGCUGGACCGAUGUUUCCUUGGUCUGCGCCAUUGCUCACCUUGCAAGGCCUUUUUCUGUCUAAUAACCAUCUAAAUGGCAUUAUUCCUGCUGAGAUAGGCCACAUUCUUCCCAACAUUGCAGUUCUAAACUUGUCCAGUAAUGCAUUUAUGGCUACUCUACCCAAGUCUUUACUAUGCAGCAAGAGCCUGAACUGUUUGGAUGUCAGUAACAACAACCUCUCUGGUGAAAUCCCAUUAUCUUGUCCUGGGUACGAAGAAUCCUUGAGCUCACUGAUCUUCUUCAAUGCAAGCAGUAACCAUUUAUCAGGGAGCCUAGAUGGGUCUAUCUCAAAUUUCAGACAACUGUCUACUCUUGAUAUCCACAACAAUAGCCUCACUGGAAGCUUGCCAUCGGUACUAUCCAAUCUCAGUUAUCUGAACUAUCUUGAUCUCUCAAAGAAUGAUUUCAGUGGUUCCAGCCCUUGUGGUGUCUGCAACAUAUUUGGUAUCACAUUUGCCAACUUCUCUGGUAAUCGAAUUGGGAUGCAUAGCUUAUCAGAUUGUGGUGCUCCUGGCAUCUGUGCUCCUGAUAGUAUCGAGCAUAAGGAGGGUCAUCCACCUCAUGUGAUUCUAAGAGCAGUGACCAUUUGUGCCGCCGUUGUGAUUGUCAUUCUUCUGGUGGUGUAUGUGGGACGUAACCUGUCAAAUAAGCUGUCAAGAAGCAGGCCUACACCAUUUGAACCUCUCAGUACAACCCAAGGUCUACAAUUGAGCUCGCUACAAUUCAUCCCGCCUCUGGCGUUGAGCUCCUAGGAAAGGAGGCACCGAGUAGAAUAAAACUUAUGGCUAAACUGGUCCACUAGCCUUGUCAGUUUGUCAUUUGUAUGCUGCUGUACUCGUGGUCCCUGCUUUUGACCAUUUUUCCCUUGUUACAAUGAACAGCAUUUUGUCGUCGGGAUUAAAAGUUUUUCUUGAAUCUCACAUCUUGAUUGCAGUAUCAUCAUGUUGCGGAUGC